CACGUUUCCUGCAGCUUUGCGAAUACAUCGGAACUUGUACAUUUUGCGCCUGAAUUGAUGGCAACUUUCUCACGAUGAGCAACGCUGGAGUUGUGCUUUGAAAGGAAACCAUCGUCACUAAACAUCCAGUUGCAGGCAGCAGUUGCUUAUACUCAUUCUGACGGAUUAUCCUGUGGGCUGCAAAGUAAUCAGUGGAUAAGGCAACGUGACUGAAUCCACAUUACAUAUCUCCUCACCAGGCAGAUCAGAUAAAAAAAGUAGCUGGAUCUGUCUGGACUUUCAUGUGCAUGACCAGCCAAUGGAGGAAGAGAAGGUGGUUGAUAAUAACCAAACACAAUCCAGUUCCCCUGUGCCCGCUGGCCUUCCCAUCAACUGGGGACUCAUCACCGGCCCUGUCCAGCCCAUUCUCCCCACACCCUCUCUGGGCACCCAACUUCCUCCUGCUCAGAGCUCGGCGGUGCACGCGCUGCAGACAAAGGUGAAGUCGCUCACACAGAGGAGGACAAGAGGGAGAGACAGAGAGAAAGAAAGGUUUGACGCGGAGGUUUUAGUGAGCAGUCCGGCUGGGAUUUCCUCCGAGGUCUUCCUCAGACAGCGGCCCAGAGCGAAGGGUCAGCUGUCUCUGCUGUCAUCAUCCUGGCGAUCAGGUGCAGCGAGGAUCUUGAGCAGCAGUGAUGAAGAGGAGGAGGUGGAGGUGCAAGUUAGGUUGGAGAUCCACAGUCCUCCAGCUGACGCUAAAGGAGAGCAGGUGUUCCAGGAGGUAGAGGAAACUGAGGGGGAGAGUUCAGAACGAAAUUAUGGUCAGCCUUGUGGGCUCGGGGAGGGUACUAGUUUGGAGAGUCUUCUGUCCGAUAACUCGAGCAGCAGUAAGGAUGACCCAUCCCCUCCUUUUCCUCAUCCUCCUCCUCUACCUGUGCUCUCCUCCUCGUCACCUGCUACCACCUCUGCUGCUACAACAUCCUCCAAUUCCUCCUCCACGUCAACUAGACACUGGGCACCACCCAAGGGCUUCUGGAGGGUGGCACGCCCUGAGACAUUGCUCCUUAAUGGUGUCGGCCCCAACAACAUCCCCUCCACUGUACCUUUGAAGGACUACACUAGAACAGAAGCACUGGCGGGGCCUCAGAGGAAGCCUAAACCAGCCGAAACUGGCACCAGGAGCGACGUGGGUACUGCAGUGGAUGAGUGCGAUGAAUCAUCUUUAUUCAAAUACUCCGACAGCGUGGAGUCCUUCUUGGAAAGGUGCGAGCAGAAGGAGACAGACGGCAAGGGGAUGUGCAGUUCAGACAGUUGGGAGAGCGUGUCUUCACAAAGCGGGGUGCUGUCUGCUGACGAGCGACUGAAGGUGAAGCAGAGGGCUUACGCCAAGUUAAGGGAAAGACAACAGAACUGCAGGGAGGAGAGAGACCAGAGCGGAGAGGAAAGUGGUGGCUACCAUGAAGACACAACAGACAGAGUGGACUCUAAAGUCGCAGGUGCUCAUGGGGUGUCGGACAGCUCAGACUCAGCCAUUCUCGCCCAGGAACUUGAACCCUAUCUGAGGUCACUUCUUGUAAUAACUGACGAGCUUCCGCUGAGCCCAAGACACGAACAAGCCAAGCUUCUCCUGGAGCGAGCGCGACUCAAGGCUCGUUCCAAUCACAUUAAAGGCGAUCGCCCCAGCAGACGCUCCCACUCUGAUCAGAGAUCAACCUCAAAGAAGCAGCAAACUGAGUCUCCCCAUCCAACACAAGUACAGAAAGCUGUUCAAACCAAAGAAGAUCUUACAGCUCCAACUGUAUCUGGUCCACUCCUUGUCCCCAAUCAAAAAGACACUUCCCCCGGAGAACAAGGUGGUCGAUCCAAACGCUAUGGUUGUUCGCCCACACGGGUACGCUUUGAGGAUGAGUCAGAGAAAGAAGCAGAGUCCCGGUACUUGGAUAGAAUGAAACAGCGAGGCAGGUCUGGGAUGCCCAAGUCAAAGAGUAAAGACAGUAAUACAGAUUCUAGCAGCAGUGGUUCAGAGAGGAGUAAAGGCCAUCGAAGUGUCUCCAUGCCACCACCACAGAAGCAAGAAGAUGUGGUUGUCAGUGGUGAACCCACAACGGUCAUUAAAGAGAUAAUAGUGCUGGUGAAGAAAUGUGAGGCAUGUGGCUCUGUGGUCAGGGAACCUCAGCCUGUCUCAUCGACCACAGACCCACAGAGCACCGAGCCACAGCAUCCAGGCAACCCUGAGGAUCCACGAGGAAAAGCUGUUCCUCACUGGGUGCCUCCAAACAAGCCAGAGCCAAGUACUCGCCCCAAAGCUCCUCUGACUGUCACUUUUGCUGGAGCUUACGUGCUGGGGGAAAAUAAAGAGAGCAGCACAGGGUGGAAGUCAUCAGGGUUUGGGAAACUCAGGAGAAGGAGCAGGAAAGGAGAGAGUCGGCUGGAGUCUGGCCACGGUCCUUACGGUCCAUCCUGGGCUCAGAGGCGAAACUCUAAUCCCAGGAACAGGGUCAAUUUGAGCAGAGCUGUUUCCUUCGCCCCAGGCAGCCCCAUCGAUCUGGAGCCACGUUUACUCGAGGCCUCGGGUGGACAACCACCUGCCCCAGCUCUGCCUAUAAAGUCAGCCCUAAAGUCAAGUUCAAGAAACCGCUCUGCUGCAGGUCAAUCCACAGUUCAGUUUCAGAUGACUUCAAAUCAGGGAGGUGAGGGAGGAUCCCAGGUCCUUUUGGACACUCCAGAAGCAAGAAGGGAGUCUCCGGUGGCUUUGAACCAAGGGACCCCUGCAACAAGUAACCCAGUGCCCUGUAUCAGGCCCUCCACUCUGAGGUACUCCCCAGCCCGAAUAGCAACUGACCUGCCAGCUGCUGAGCUCUGGGAUGCCACUCCAGAUGGAACAGCAGGUCUGAGUGGAGACCUCGGUUCUGGUUCUGAGUGUCGUCCUGCUCUGCGAGGCCUGGCUAUGUCCCGGGCAGAGGACCUCAGAGCGGAGCUGCUGAGAGCAGAACAUUUGAAAGCCGAGGCCAUAUGGGAGGAAAACUCUGACGGGUCCAGAAAGCUGGAUGGACGGCCGAAGCUCUUCCUACGUCGCUUCUUUUCCUCCAUCGGUCUGAACAGCGUUGGUAGACUGGUGAAAGGAGGCCGCUCCAGCAGCAUGGAGCAGCUCAGUAUACCCACCGCCCCCCGGGUCAGCUCUGCUUCUCCGAGCCCUACACGCAGACCACAACCUACCAUCCGCAUUCAGAGGACGCCCUCACUGCAAACCCUGAACACGUUCGGCUUUGAAGUGCCUCUCGCUGCUUAUUUGCCACAGUGGACCCACCGCGGCUUUGAAGUAUUACCAGCCUCUCUGCCCGACACUGGGAGCACAAAUAAUGCAUUCCAGGUUGUCCGUGUUUCCUUCCACUUUCUCUGGAAGCCGGCCUUGCUGUCCUCUUGGCAGCUGCAAGAGUACACGAAAACAGACGUGCUGCCACUGGCCCAACUGCGAAAAGCUUCCUCUGUGCAGAGUUUAGAGAGAAGAACUGAGCGUUCAACGAUACUGGGAGAGGUGCAGAUACCAUAUGGUCUGGCACCCAGCCCUGAAAGCCCUCAGCUCGAGCUACACAGAGCUCUGAGUGUUGAAGAAGUACUUCCCUCCAGAAUCGUACGUCCGGUGGGCCGGGUUACCCAGGCUUUCUCUGACGGGACCCUCCUCCUGGAGCUCACCAGACCCCCAAAUGGUCCCUUUGGUUUCGUCAUCUCAAGGGGCAAAGGUCGACCAGACACGGGUGUGUAUGUAGAGAAAGUGGGCGAUGGCAGUGGAGAAGGCCCCUACACAGGUCUCCUUGGCAUCGGCGAUGAGAUUCUACAGGUGAAUGGAGAGGCGGUGGCCGGCCUCGGGAUGGACCAGGUGACGCGGCUCAUGACCCGGGAAAGCACCGCCUCCCUUCGGAUCAUGCCGGCACGACGCAGCCAGCGCUGACAAGGAGUCGGUGGCACGGUGCCCGUCUCUGGAUUGU